UUGGAAUUUCAUUGGCUAAAUGGAAAGCGACUUCGUCGACCGAAACGCGAAUUUAAAAGGGUUGAAACUUGUGUUUGAUUUAAAAAAAAAGGCGACAUUAUGUAGACAAGUACUAAAUUCUUUCCAAAAAUAUUAGUAUACGUUUUUUGUGAUCGAAUAUGUUUUAUCUGAUUUCAUUUAAACAAUUACGAGUAGAAUUUCAAACAUUUUAAAGAUUUACCUUGUGCAUGAUUUUAAUACCGCAGUAUUCAAAACAUUGUAAAUGGAUUAAAGAAGACACUUUACCAAAGCUGGAGAUGGCAGAGUCUUGCAAUAAUGAGAUUUUCCGUAAAGCCAUUGUUAAGAAUUAUGUGGCAGUCAAGAAGUAUUUGCAGCCUGAUCCUAUCAUUGAUUGUGAAACAGAAUUACUCACAGUUGCAGACAGAAAGAAUAUCAAGGGUAAGGACCCAACUGAUAAGAAUGAAACGAUAUUGAAAAACGUAAGAUCCAAAGGUGCUAAUGGUUACACAGAUUUUAAAGAGCUUCUGAGAAAGACCUGUCAGACUGCCUUAUUAGAGCUGAUUGUUUGUGCAGAGAAUGGGCAGGACACAAAAGAGAUAGAGAGUCGGCUUGAGAAAACCGCAGUGUUAAGUCCAGAGUAUAUCAAACACAAAGGUGGUAAGUCAAUUGUUUUCCUUUCACAGUGUUCAGAGUUGCAUUUUUGUGACUGCAAGCCGUCGGUUAAGCCUCUCCGUGGUCGCAGGCUGUGUGCAGGGUCGCCCCAUCCUGCAUCAGAACCAUACCUCGCCCACCGACACGCAGGUGAGGAAUGGCCUCCGGAAUCAGAAUCUCCUGUUGAUAUCUCAAAAAGCGUUGAGAUUACCACGGAUGACUACGAAAG